UCCCUAUAGUCAAAUCCUUCACUAUAUAAUCCCCUGAAGCAGCUUUCCAUUUCUCAUUCCAAGUCAUUUUAAGAUUCCAUACUUAGAUAAAGAAACCCUAAUUAACACAAAGAUGACUUGUUCUAAGGUUUUCCUAUGUUUGUUUCUUGGUGCACUAGUUUACACUACUAGUGCUAGGAAGCUAGCUAACUCACACUCCUAUGAUGAUGAGAAGUUUUUUUUCAGGCACCAAAGUGGAGGCAUAGGAUUCGGUGGUGGAGGUGGAGGCGGUGGUUGUCUAGGAGGUGGUUUUGGAUAUGGCGGUGGUGCUGGUGUUGGUGUUGGUGGAGGAGCUGGUGGUGGACUUGGGGGUGGAUUUGGCGAAGGGGGUGGUGUUGGUGGCGGUGCUGGGUUUGGAGCCGGAGGGGGAGCUGGAGCUGGUGGUGGAUUAGGUGGAGGAGCAGGAGCUGGUGGUGGACUAGGUGGAGGAGCUGGAGGUGGUGGAGGGUUUGGAGGUGGUGGAGGCAGUGGUCUCGGUAGUGGGCUUGGUGGUGGUGCCGGAGCUGGAUUUGGUGGAGGUGCUGGUGGAGGACUUGGACAUGAAUUUCCUUGAACACACUCCACCAAAAUUUAAUCACAAGCCAAGUAAUACUAAGUAGGUUUUGUACUAAAAAUUUACUUUUUAAUUAUGUAUGUCAUGCAUGUUUCGUACGUAAGAGCAAAUAGCAUGUAAUGUAACAGUCAGCAGGUGUUUAAAGUGUUCCUAAUUGGUGGGUUGCUUUAUCUUUGUAGUGAUACACUUAACAAGUGUUUAAUAAUAAUAAAUUUCAUACCAUUUUUUUUCA